AUCCCCCCACGUUAUUUCUCCGGCCGCGAGCCCCCUCGCCUCUUCGCGAAGGGCCCCCUUCCUCCUCUCGUCUCACCCACCCAAAGUGCCAAACAAGGGGAACCGGUGAAAAAGCAAGAGGAAUAUUCCCCCUCGCCGCUCUCCACCCACCGACAUGGCCGCCGCCGCCGCCGCAGCCGCAUCCGCUUCCUCCUCCUCGUCGCCCUCCUCCCCCUCGGCCGAAUUCGCCCUCCUCCCCACCACGACUCUCCCCAUCGGCAAGGCGGCGGCUGUAGGCGGUGGUGGCGACCGAGCGGCGGUGGAUUGCGGGGUGUGCGCGAUUUGCCUGGAUAAGAUCGCCCUGCAGGAGACGGCCCUCGUCAAGGGUUGCGACCACGCCUAUUGCGUUACAUGCAUUCUGAGGUGGGCUUCCUACAAGCAGACACCUCUAUGCCCACAGUGUAAACAUCCGUUUGAGUUCCUCAGUGUGCACCGCUCUCUCGAUGGCUGUAUCCAUGACUACAUGUUUGAGGAAAGCGUUUGCCUUCUCCUGAGGGCCGCUUGGUUUGAACCUCUGAUCGUAGAGCCUCAUGAAGAGGCUCUGGAUGAAGAAGAGUUAUACCACAUCUAUCAAUAUGGUGAUGAUGAUGAAGAUGACCUUGACGAAGAAGCUUAUUACAUGAGCAGGUCACCGAGCGUUCGAAUUGGCAAUAGGAGGUGGGGUGACAAUGGAUAUGUUAGAGGAGGCAGGAAAGAGGCAAGGCCAGUGAGUCGACCAUCCUUAAAUGGUGUUGAUGCUGGUCCAUCCAGGACUCCAAAGAAGAAAGAUGUAUCAGCAUCAGGAUCAGGUUCUGUGUCCAAGGAAGUUGCAGGAAGACGAGCAAAACGGGCUCAGAAGCGUGAAGCCGCUGAUAAGGCAGCUGCAGAAAAGCACCUGAAGCACCUCCAGAGGUUGGGUCUCAGGAAGGCACCUGAAGCAACUCCAGAGGUUGAACCUCAGUUGAACGAGUGAUUUUCAUCAACUGCUGUAGAUAAUGGUGUUGUGAAGAACACCUGCAGCCCCUUGGGUCACCGAAUAAUCUUCCUCCUGAGCGUGGCCUUGUAUCAUUGGCAAACUUGCCGUUUUGUACAGUACUUUAGUU